AUGCGGGGCUCGUCCUCGCACACUGCGUGUCAACCGGGGCUCUUGAACAGAUGAUCUGUGCUGCGGGGAUGACAGCGAGGGGACGAGGAUAGCGCGCCCGGCGUGCUGCGCGUUUAACACAGCGGACCCCGAUUCUGGACCUGAUGCAUGUGCAGCUCCUCGCUAGUGAUGAGGUGGCUCCUGUUGUGGAUUCUGACAGCAGCUGGGAUUCAACAGGCCUACUCCCUGAAUUCCACUGCCAUGCCGCCUGCCACAACGGCCACUCCCCCGGCCACUCCCGCACCCACACCCACAGAGGUGUACAACCGCACACAGUUCUGCAAGUGGCCCUGCGAGUGUCCGGCCACCCCGCCCAAGUGCCUGCCGGGCGUCAGCCUCCUCAUGGACGGCUGCGACUGCUGCAAGACCUGCGCCCGGCAGGUGAGCGAGGUGUGCAACGAGGCCGAUUUGUGUGACUACCACAAGGGACUGUACUGUGACUACAGCUCGGACAAGCCGAGGUACGAAAAAGGAGUGUGUGCAUACAUGGUGGGAACAGGCUGCGUGCACGACGGCGUCCUCUACCACAACGGUCAGAGCUUCAAGCCCAGCUGCAAAUACCAGUGUGUGUGCGUGAACGGGGCCAUCGGCUGCGUGUCUGUGUGCACGGAGUCCCAGCCCCCCCGAGUGUGGUGCCAAAACCCGCGCCGGGUCAAAGUGAGGGGACAGUGCUGCGAGCAGUGGAUCUGUGACGAACCCAAAAGAGGACGCAAGACCACACCGCGACAUGCAGUGGAGGCUCCCCCAGCUGAGACCAGGAGCUGGCACAAGAACUGCAUCAGCCAGAUUACCUCGUGGAGUCCCUGCUCUAAGACCUGCGGCCGCGGCCUGUCCAUGAGGAUCUCUAACGCCAACGACCAGUGUGAGAUCGUCAAAGAGUCCCGCCUGUGCAACCUGCGGCCAUGUGACGUUGACAUCACCAAACACAUCAAGCCGGGAAAGAAGUGUCUCAACAUCUACAGGGAAGAUCUGGCCUUCAACCUCACCCUCUCUGGCUGCACCAGCAAGAAGCCGUACCGGCCCAAAUACUGUGGCGUCUGCACCGACGAACGGUGCUGCAUCCCGUACAAGUCCAAGACCGUCGACGUGGAGUUCGAGUGUCCUAACGGGGCGGGGUUCACCUGGAAGAUGAUGUGGAUCCAGGCCUGCUUCUGCAACCUCAGCUGCAAAAAUCCCAAUGACAUCUUUGCCGAGCUGGAGAGUUACUACGGUUACCCAGAGGUCAUGAACUAAGAUUCACGACGUCAGUAAUGCUCUGCAGGAACAUUCACAUCCUUUUUCCCCCCCUUUUUUUGUAAUGUGACUCCCUCAUGGUCUUUUUUUCCUAUUGGAAAAAUGAGUAAAUAUGAAAUGUUUUAUGCACCUCUGGAAUAGAUACUCAAGCAUGGUCUGCUUUUGUUUAAAGAAUAUUUGAUGAAGUGCAAAUGAAAGUAUUCAAGAAAGCAUGUAAAAUACUGAAAAAAAGUUUUAUUUAUUAAUGGUACUCUGCAUAUUAAAUAUUACCAAGCUUC